CGGCUACUCCUUGAACCAGUUCUAUUACAACGGCAUCUUCUAUCUCGACAAGAAACUGCAGCAAUCUCCAAGAUAACCGUUCAAGCGAUCGAUUACUCCCAUAGAGCUGACUACCCCAGUACCAGUCACAAGCCUUCAGCAUGGCGACUUCCAGCGACCAGACCACCGAUGUAGAUAUUGCAGCGCCCUCAGGCGUCAAAAUUGCCGCUGCAAAUACCGAGACACAUGAGGGAGAGAUCCACAGUCAAGAGAACACAUUGGACUUUGAUCAUUCGCCUGUCAUGUCUAAAGAAUCUAAGCCCAAGGUCGAGAAGCCAAAGGGCACCCAAGAGCAAGUGGCUAUUGAAAGUUCGGCAGAUACUAAGACCACCACCCUUAGUUCUCUCUUUCCCUCCCCUAAGCUUGUUGCAGACGAUAGCAAGAGUAUUGCCUCUUUUGAAGAUGGAGAGAUCGUUGAGGCAAACUCCGACAACGCGGCCGGAGCGAGCCACACAACCGUGCAAGAACAAAAUGAGCAAAUUAACGAGACGGCGGAGUCAAAGCUCGCAUCCUGUGUCGUCAACAAAGAAGAUUUCAUAGCAUCGCCCCCUGAACGUCGUGUUGAGGCCACCAAGACCGACGUUGACAUCGAAACCGAAGAUAGCGACUUCAAAACCGACACAGACGCGAGCAUCGUGGCGCCGAAGCCUUCGAGACCAGCUCAUAGUCUACCUCCACACAUGCGCCCUGACUUCCAGUCGCCUCCAUCCCGCCUCUUCGGCCUCCAAGACCCGAGGUACGUGAUGUUGCCAAACGAAGCUACUCGAUUCAACGAUAGUCCUCGAGCACCUCGCGCCCACUACAGCUCCUACGGAUCCCGAGGAGGCGACCACGGCGAUCGCGAACAAGUCGUCCGCAUGAACGCACAAUUGAUGAAGCUCAAAAACGAACUCGACGCCGAGCGCACCAAGAACAUCCGUCUCCGCAAGGCCGUCGAAGCCGAACAGCAACAAAAAGUUGAAGCAGCCUCCUCUGUCAUGCUGACAAACCUCCUCCGCGAGCAAGCUGCGGCCCUCACGCUCAAGUCCAAAGUCGAAGCUCGAGAGCGCGACCUCGACUACCGGGAGCAGAAGAUCACUCAACUCGAAGUCUAUCUCUCCGAGGGUCAGAAACAGCUCAUGUACGACCUAGAAAAGAACGGCGACCGACCGAUGAGCGCCGUGCAGAUGGAACACGCGCGCCGCGAAGCCGAACUCAAUGCGCAGAAGGACAUGGCUGAUACGAAUGGAAAGUUGAACAUCAAGAUGGAAGCUCUCCGUCUCCGCGAAGGAGCCCAACAGAUGCGCGAACAGCACUGGAAAGCCAUGGCUCGCGAGCAACUUGAAGUUGAAUUCGCCGAAAACUCCAUCACUCAUGAGAAAGCUGAUGAGGUUGCGGAGGAGGCGUACAACGACGGUUUGGGUGUGGGUAAAGAGGUGGGUCGUAAGGAAGCACUCAAAGAAUCGCACCAGCGCGGCUUUCUGGAGGGCUAUGGGGCCUGUCAUCGUACGCAGGUUACGCUGAGUAAAGUGCGUCAGGGGCUUAUUGCGAGGGAUAAUCCCGAGUUGGACUUCCUGUAUGAUGCCAAUCAUCCCCACAAUCUCUACAACAUUGGUUCUCUUCUCGGCCGAAUGGAAGCUGAGGACAGCAAUCAACACACUGCGAAGGCUGUUCAUCAGAACAAGAUUGUUGCUGAGAAAGGCACCCCCGUACCUGAUCUGAAGACCGAAUCUGCUGAGGAGACUUCGAGGAUGGAGGGUAAGGUCAACGGACAGACCAACGGCCAUAUCAACGCCACCAACGGUACUAUGGUCCACAAGCGCGAAGAACCAACCAUCAGGAUGCCUACUCCCCGUCCUACCUUCGCCGCUGAACUUCGUGGCCCCUCGCUCACGCACAACGGUCACAUUGUCCUCGCUAACAACGCCGCGUCGCCUGUUGUCAAGGAAAUUGGCCGUCCGGUCAUCAAGUAUGAAGAUGGGGGAAUGAAUCUGAUUGAUCUCAUGUAGGGGGCGACGUCAAGGGUGGCCAAGGGUGAGUGGAAGGAGGAGGACGAGAUGGAGACGAUAGGGUGAACAUGAGUGGCAUUGAUGGGAUGAGGGUUGAUCUAAAAGCUUGCGUUUCCGUUAUCAUUAUGGAAUCAGAUGAUAGUGGGGACAUAUAUGGAUGAUCUAAAAGACAUGUAUACGAGAAGUGAUCCAAGUCUUUAUUGCCUGGUGCUCCAGCGUGCAAGUGUCUGUCCUGAUGGAAAACAGUGUAGUUGUCUGUAUUCUGUCUUCUCUAAAUGUCACUGUACUUAUUUAAUUGGAAACGCAAUAGUUGUUUUGAGAUUGACC